AUGACAGACCAAGAGUAUGUUCUCUGCACCUGGAAGAAGCGUUUAUGGCCAGCAAAGGUUUUGUGCAAAUCUGGACUUGCUGGGCAAAGAUCCAUCAGUGAUGGGACGGAGACUUCUUUUGAAGUUGAAAUACUUGGCUUGAAAGAACAGGUCAGUGUGAGCUGUGCAAACACUGUGCCACUGAAGGAGGAGAGCAUAGAGAGCAUCGCCUCCAGCUUAGAUGAGAGGAAAGAGUCAAGUGAGGCUGUGGAGGAGCUGAAGUAUCGGCGGUCUCUGAAAAUUGCCCUGGAUGUUUUGACUCAAAAUGGCUUAGCCAGACAAAUGUCACCUUCAGAAGGACCAAAUGCUCUGCUGUCCCAGGAGAACAAGGCAGGACCUCUCCCCACUACCUGCUUAUGCAGUUGCCAAGUGCUCUUUAAAGACAUGCCAGAGCCUGAGACUUCCAGGAAGAAAAAAGAGCAAAGGAAUGACUUCAGCCUGAAGACUGAGACAAAAAAACCAACCCAGAAAGUUUCCUUCAGGCUGGAGGAGAGCAGAACGAAGCCUUCCAGGUGUUCUACUGGGGACUUGUCUAGUACAGCAAAGACAGAGAGUCAAAAUGGCAUAAUACCAAAAGCAAAAUCCCUACCAAGAGAGAAAGCCAAGGCCAGGUUGUUGUCCAAGUCCAGCCCAAGAAACAAAACCUCCUGUAGACCCAAGGAGGAGAGGAGGAAGCAAGGAGGAAGACAACCAAGAGCUGCAGGAUCAGCUGUGUUGUGUGGGGGUGAUUCCCCCCAGGACCAAGCUCAGCCCUUUGCUGAGGAAGGGCCUUCUGUCAGGAGGGUGAACACCAGGAGUCAACCUAAAAGGACUUUACUGAAUUUGUGUCCAAGUGCCUCAGAUGACUUGGAAAAAAGCAUCAACAGUGAGAGUGAAAAUCUGGUGAAGCAACUGGAUGGGAGGAAAAAGCCAGAGAGUUUAAAAAGGAUGAAUGGAGAACAGGAGAUGGGAGCAGCUGCGUCCUCAAGCAGGAAAAGGAGGUGCAGGAUUUACCCUCAACCUUCAUCUGGGCCUCCUCCCCAAGAGACACUUCUGGAGAGGUUCCCCUCUCAGCCUGAAGAGAAGGGAAAUAAGAACAGUUCACCAGAGGUCACCAGUAAAAUAAAACACUUCCAGCUGCCUGACUUUGAGGAAGAUGAAGGAAUGGAAUUGUCUGAGCUGUCUUCAAAGAUCCCUUCCUCAGAGAGCCUCACUCACCUCUCAGCUCUGUUAGAUGAGGAGGAGGAGGAAGAUGAAGAGCUCCCCUGUGUUUUAUCCCGUCAAGAACCCCAAGCAAUCGAGGAAGGGAUUUUGGUCUGGUGCAAGCUGCGAGGGUAUCCAUACUGGCCAGCAGUGGUGAAAAACGUGAAGCGGAAGCAUCGGAAGGCCUACGUGCUCUUAAUAGAUGGCACUACAAAUGAGAGGAAAAAAGGUUUUUCAGUACCUCUAAAGAAUCUGAAGCACUUUGACUGCGAGGAAAAGCAGGACCUCAUAGAACGAGCCAAAGAAGGCUACCGGCAGGAGAUCGAGUGGUGUGUGCGGCUGAUCGCUGACUACCGCAUCAGAGUGGGUUGUCAUUCAUUCACUGGAUCCUUCUUGGAGUAUUUUGCUGCUGAUAUCAGCUACCCAGUGAGAAAGGAAGGUUACCAGGAUGUCCUCCAAAUGACCUUUCCAAAUGAGACAGAGGAAAAUGGGGAAGAGUCUCCAUCAGAAGCUUCUCCUUCAAAGCCACCCAAGAAACUCCUUCCUGACCGAUCCAGGGCAGCUAGAGACAGAGCAAAUCAGAAGAUCGUGGAGUUCAUUGUGAAGACCAAAGGGGCUGAGGAGCACCUCCUGGCUAUUCUGAAAAGCAGGAAGCAAUCCCGGUGGCUGAAGGAAUUCCUGAACUCGGGUCAGUAUGUGACCUGUGUUGAAACCUAUUUAGAGGACGAGGAGCAGCUCGACCUGGUUGUCAACUACCUGAAGGAAGUUUAUCAUGGGAUCGACGCUAAAAAUCUGCACCAGCUGGGUGGGGAUGGGAUAAAACUCAUCUCUGAUGUCCUUCUGCCUGAGGCUAUCAUUUAUGCCAUCUCUGCCGUGGAUGACAUCGAUUACAAGAAGGCAGAAGAGAAAUACAUAAAGGGACCAUCUGUGAGCAAAAGGGAGAGAGAAAUAUUUGAGGAAGAGAUCCUGGAGAGAAAACGUCAGAGCGAGCUGGUGGCUGCAGACAGAAUCUGAGUCCCUGUGGCACAGAGUCCCCAAGCCACAGUGGCAGAGUAGCUGCUGAAGGCAAUGCCUGCGUCU